CGGAAGGCUUUGUCGAGUUUGCUCCGCCUUUUUUGUGACUGGGAACUAAUCUCAAAGACUAUAUAAAGCAGCUGCAAGCAUGGAGAAGUUCUCUGUUACUACAAAUAUUUGGAAGUGUGAGGUUCUACAAGCGAUAAAUUAUGUCAAAGAAUCCGGUAUACAAAGUUGCGGACAUAAACCUUGCGGAAUGGGGACGUAAGGAGAUAAUGCUUGCUGAGGAAGAAAUGCCAGGCCUAAUGUCCUUGCGGAAGAAGUAUGGGAAAAUCCAGCCUCUUAAGGGAGCGCGAAUUGGAGGUUGUCUGCAUAUGACAGUCCAGACAGCAGUGCUUAUAGAAACACUUCUAGAAUUAGGAGCAGAAGUACAGUGGUCUAGUUGUAAUAUAUUCAGUACGCAAGACCAUGCAGCAGCUGCAAUUGCUAAACGAGGUGUUCCUGUUUAUGCAUGGAAGGGAGAAACAGAUGAAGAGUAUAUCUGGUGCAUUGAACAGACACUGGUGUUCAGUAAUGGACAGCCCCUAAACAUGAUUCUUGAUGAUGGUGGUGAUUUGACAAGUUUGGUCCAUAAAAAGUAUCCUCAGUAUAUAGAAGGGAUCAAAGGUAUAUCAGAGGAGACCACCACAGGAGUGCAUAAUCUGUAUAAGAUGUUUAAAGAGGGCAAACUCAAAGUUCCUGCCAUUAAUGUCAAUGACUCUGUCACCAAGAGCAAGUUUGAUAACCUGUAUGGUUGCCGAGAAUCUCUCAUUGAUGGCAUAAAAAGAGCAACGGAUAUCAUGCUGGCUGGAAAGGUGGCUGUAGUGGCAGGGUAUGGUGAUGUUGGAAAGGGGUGUGCUCAGUCACUGAGAGCAUUUGGGGCCCGAGUUCUCAUCACCGAGAUUGAUCCUGUUGUUGCAUUACAGGCAGCAAUGGAAGGAUAUGAGGUGACGACAAUGGAGGAAGCUUCUAAAGAGGGACAAAUAUUUGUUACUGCUACUGGUUGUUUGGAUAUCAUUACGGGUGACCAUUUUCUCAACAUGCGAAAUGACUCCAUUAUUUGCAACAUAGGUCACUUUGAUUGUGAGAUCAAUAUAGGCUGGCUAGAGAAGAAUGCUGUUGAGAAGCUUAACAUUAAACCUCAGGUCGAUCGGUACAGACUGUCCAAUGGAAAACAUGUAAUCGUGUUGGCUGAGGGCCGACUGGUGAAUCUUGGUUGUGCAAUGGGUCACCCAUCCUUUGUGAUGAGUAAUUCCUUUACAAACCAGGUUCUGGCUCAGAUAGAGCUUUGGACAAAGCCAGAGAAUUAUGAAGUAGGAGUUCACAUGCUGCCCAAAAAGCUGGAUGAAGAGGUGGCAGCACUACACUUGGACCACUUGGGGGUAAAGCUGACCAAACUGACCCAGAAACAAGCAGAUUACCUUGGCAUUCCUCAAGAAGGCCCAUACAAGCCUGAUCAUUAUCGGUACUAGAGGAAUCACAUUGCCUCCACUUUCUACUGAGUUUUAAAAUAUCAUUCCCACCCAAAGAAUGAUUUUAUGUAUGGCCAGGAUACUUCUCUCAUUCAGUUUUACUGUACUUAUAAUUUGCUUUGCAUAAUAUAUUAACUUUUUAUUGAUUGUGCCAGUGAAA